GAUUCAAAAGUCUUAUUGGCACAGGACAGGAGUAGACAGUAGACACUGCUUCUUCACCUUUCAGCUUCCCUAGGCCCCUUGGAGGACCCUAACCCAGCGUGCUCCCAGCUGUGCCAAGAAGGAUGUCGGUCUGCUACAGUCCCCCAGGGAACGAGACGCUGCUGAGCUGGAAGGCCUCGCGGGCCACAGGCACGGCCUUCCUGCUGCUGGCGGCGCUGCUGGGGCUCCCUGGCAACGGCUUCGUAGUGUGGAGCUUGGCGGGCUGGCGGCCUGCACGGGGGCGGCCGCUGGCUGCCACGCUCGUGUUGCACUUGGCGCUGGCCGACGGCGCGGUGCUGCUGCUCACGCCGGUCUUCGUGGCCUUCCUGACGGGGCGGGCCUGGCCGCUGGGCCAGGCGGGCUGCAAGGCGGUGUACUACGUGUGCGCGCUCAGCAUGUACGCCAGCGUGCUGCUCACCGGCCUGCUCAGCCUGCAGCGCUGCCUCGCCGUCACCCGCCCCUUCCUGGCGCCCCGGCUGCGCAGCCCGGCCCUGGCCCGCCGCCUGCUGCUCGCCGUCUGGCUGGCCGCCCUGUUGCUCGCCGUCCCGGCCGCCGUCUACCGCCACCUGUGGAGGGAUCGCGUGUGCCAGCUGUGCCACCCGUCGCCGGCCCACGCCGCCGCCCACCUGAGCCUGGAGACUCUGACCGCCUUCGUGCUUCCUUUUGGGCUGAUGCUCGGCUGCUACAGCGUGACGCUGGCGCGGCUGCGGGGCGCCCGCUGGGGCUCCGGGCGGCAAGGGACGCGGGUGGGCCGGCUGGUGAGCGCCAUCGUGCUCGCCUUCGGCUUGCUUUGGGCCCCCUACCACGCGGUCAACCUUCUGCAGGCGGCAGCCGCGCUUGCUCCGCCAGAAGGGGCCUUGGCGAGGCUUGGCGGGGCGGGCCAGGCAGCGCGGGCGGGAACCACGGCCUUGGCCUUCUUUAGCUCCAGCGUCAACCCGGUGCUCUACGUCUUCACCGCCGGGGAUCUGCUGCCCCGAGCAGGUCCCCGUUUCCUCACACGGCUCUUCGAGGGCUCUGGGGAGGCCCGAGGGGGUGGCCGUUCUAGGGAGGGGACCAUGGAACUCCGCACUACACCCCAGCUAAAAGUGGUGGGCCUGGGCAGGGGAAAUGGGGACCCCGGCGGAGGGAUGGAGAGGGACAGUCAGGAAUGGGACCCUCGACACUAAACCCUACAACCAGGCCUGUGCCUCCCUAUGCCUUUCCAUUACCCCUGAGCACUGGGGGACCCUUCUCUGACUACAGUUUGGGUCUGGCUGGGUAGGGUUGUUAUACACCUGGGCAGGCCAGGUUCCUCCAAGCUGAGGGAUUAUGAGGGCGGUGAUGGUCCAUGUUAACUGACUACUGUGUGCUUGCAGGUUGGCAUGUACCCAUGUGCCAGGGCUGCGUACUUGUUGCCAAUAGCUAUUAUUGUGAAAUACACCAGGAAGCCAUUA